AUGAUCCGACGAAAAAUAGCUGAGAAAAAACUGGCCAAGGAGGAGGAUAAGCGCGAGGUCACUUUGGUGGCACUCAGUGGCCCCUCGUCCAGUGGAAAGAGUACUCUAGCUCGUCUGCUUCGAGACAUUCUUCCCCACGUCAUCAUCAUCCACCAAGACGACUUUUACCUGGAGGACUCGCAGAUCCCAGUUAUUGAUGGAGUUCAAGAUUGGGAUUGUCCCGAGGCUUUUGAUUUCAAGCUACUGUCCAAGGUUUUGAGCCAUGUCAAGCAGACUGGAGAGCUGCCCAAAAAUUUCAAAUCGAAGGAGGACCAGAACUCCCUGGGACCCGCUGCUCUUGAUGAAAACGCUGUCGACGCCUUUAAGCGUCGAAUGCACCCUUACAUGCCUGAGUUUGAGAACAAGCUGAUUGUCAUUCUGGAUGGUAUCAUGGUCUACCAUGACGCUCAAUUCACCGAGUUGUUCGAUAUCAAGAUUCUGGUCAGAUCCAGUUACGAAAACCUCAAGUCUCGACGAGAAGCUCGAUCCGGAUACGUCACUCUGGAAGGGUUUUGGAAGGAUCCUGAGGGAUACUUCCACAACAUUGUUUGGCCCGGUUACCUAAAGACCCACAAACAGCUGUUUGAAAACGAAAAUCCCAACGGAGAACCCAGUAAGGACGCCACCAGAGAAGGAAUCCGAAUCGUGCCCACCACCGAUUUCGACGUGGCCGAGACUCUUGAUUGGGUGUUUGAUGUCAUUCUGGACUAUUACGAUCUUGAGUAA